AUGCCGGCAAACCCAAAAACAGACCCUCGUUACUUUGUCCUGGUCAAGCCUUUGCCCAUCCCAACCCAGAAAGGUCGGAAGGUCCAGGCACGAAGCAGCACCGUCUACAAUUGCUGGGACAACACAAGAGAGCAAGUUUUCCGGGAGAACUAUCACAGGAGGGCCAAACAGCUUACGCAGCAAGGCUACUUUACCCCCAGUUGGAGACCUUAUCAAGAUUUUGGAGAGCCUCUUUACCUCGAACCAAAGAAACUCACCCUCCAUGGCCUGGGACAACUGCCCCCGGAGCUCCUCAGAGAUGAUGUCUGCUCUGCGCUGGAAGAAGUAGUGGAACUUGAGGAGCCGUCAAGUGUCAAGAGGACUCCGACAAAGGAGCCUGAGAAGAAACCUGUACAUUUUAGAUACAUAGAAAAGGAUCUGAGGAACCUCCAUAAAGACCUUGUACACACGAGGCAUUUAAUAAACUCUGUGAAGAUGGGGCGAGGGUAUUUCCACAUGCUUCAUGGAGAAACACUGGAGAGGAAAAACAUGCUUAUGUUGGAACAGCAGAGAGAAGAGCAGAGGCGGAAAACUGAAUUCCAGCCCCCCAAAUAUCCAUCAUCAUCUGACGAGGACACAUCUGAUGAAGAUAUCACUGACUUCUUUUUAACAGAAUGUCCCCUUGUGAGGGAGUCGGAGAAGAAGAAGAAGAAAAUUAUCCGACCUUUCACUCCUGUCCAUAACGGUCUGACAGCUUCAAAGCACCCGGAAGCGCAUUUUGAGUCCCUGUUUCGGCAGCUCUGUGCUCUCCAUUGGUUCUUGGAAGCCUUGACUCUUGAGCCCAAUACCACCAUGAAGCCUCUGAUCACCUGCUGGAAUCCAAAGGAUUAUGGUGGAAGCAGAAAUUCCUUCAAGGUGAUCAAUAAAGAAAAGAAUGUGAAGACUCGAUGGGAGCACUUCCUCACCCACUCAAAGGGUAGAAGAUACACCCAGAAAGCAUUCCGUGGGCUGGGCCCCAAGAAGUUGCCCAAAAAGGCAUCCAUCAUGAGCUUCUCCAAAAUGAGCGGGCUGUCCUCCCCACACAGCAAGACCACUCUGGGUAGCACCAGUUCCCUGACGCCCGGCUCCGAAGAGGUGGUCCCACAUUCUUCAGAUGGUGCCAAGGAAGGCGAAGAGAUGGAGUCUAGUUACAGCAAGCCAACUAAGGAAACGAAGGAAGAGGAAGAGCCUAUGAGUUACUAUCUGCAGACAUUACUCCAGAUGAUCCAUGAAGACGUGGCAAAGAAUUUCAGUAAAGAAUAUUUGAUCUCAAACCCCAAACCGCCCUCGUACGUCACCAUGCUGAGAUCCGAGCCAGACAGUGACAUGUCGAUCGGGCAAAGGGCUAAAAGCUCACAUUCGUCUUCAAAGGAGGACAGAAACAGCUCUGGAGUAAUGAGAGAAGAAACCCCGGUGGAGCAAAGGCCAAAGAGCUCUUUCAUUAGGCGAAAGGCGAACCUGUGCAAUGAGAUGAGGGAGCUGUUUUACGAUGUGACCCAGGAAUCGGCUUUCAGGCUGCACGACCAGCUGGACAUUCUGGAGAGGAGGCGAGAAGAGAAGAGCAUACAGAAAUAUCGGUGUCUGAAGCACAUUACAAGGUUGCGGAAAGACCUCGAGCGAAUGAGGCAGGCAGUCCGGAAGAAUGAACCAAAGCAGGCUGCGGAGGAGGAGAACUGGUUUGUUACUCUUCUGGACAAGAUCCCUGAUGAUGUCAUGGAAGACCAUCGGACCCAAAAAGUCCUGAGGAAACUGGAAAAGUUUGCCAGAAAUCCGGACUUACGAAUCCGACCCCCCACGUUCUUGAAAGUCUUGGGGGAACUACGUGUUUGGGAAAUCUGUUCUCCAGACAUCAGUGCAGCUUUACAGUUUUUGCGGGAAAAUAUUGUGGGGAUGCCUGAGGAGGAUUACAGACAGUGGCUGCAGAGUCGAGUUCCAAUCCAGAAACGAGCCCGUAGUGCCCCACCGCUAUGA